UCUGCAUUCCAGGUGCCUCUUCACAUUCACUCAUUUCAGCUGUAUUUCUCAUAGAAAAACAUGGCAAUAAGAAGCUGUUUUCUGUCAGUUUUCCUGAUGUUCUUUCCAGCAAUGUUGCAGCUUUCUGCUUCCAGCCUGAGUAAAGUCAUGGCUCAGACUAACAAAUCCAUGGGAACCUUCAUUCUGAUCGAUGGAGGAAAGUACACCUUAAACUUCACUGAAGCAAGAGCUGCGUGCUUAUUUCUGAACGUCACCAUAGCAACCAAAGCUCAGGUGGAGGAAGCAGUACAGCAUGGACUGGAGACAUGCAAAUUUGGCUGGGUGGCUGAAAAGAUAGCGGUCAUCCCACGAAUACAAUCUGACAAGAAUUGUGGAGCAGGAAAAACUGGACUGGUAUUGUGGUAUGCACCAAUUGAAAGAAAAUUUGCGGUGUUCUGCUUCAAUGCUUCAGAACUUACAGAUCAGCUCCAAACUUCGAAACCAACUACAGCCAGUCCACAAUCUUCCAGAUCUUCUGAUUUCCUGUUAGCACUGACCUCAGCCUCAACAUCUGCUGCACCUACGUUUAGAUCACCAACCCAGUCCCUACCUUCAGUGGAAAAGACAGUCACACCUCCGCCCACCAAACAGGCACCUUCAGCUUCAGCCCCACUUACUAAAACAACAGAUUCAUCUUUAUCUUCUUCCUCUUCCUCCCCUGUUAAACACCUGCCCUCACAUAUUCCUGUUUCUCCUCAUGGCCAUCUUACCUCCAUACCCACCGGUGUCACUGUUGGAUUUUCAACCACCAGGCAGCCCUCAAGCUCCUCUGUUUCCUCUGAGCCGGGACUGAAGCAGUCUGUUAGCUCUGCGAACCCCACACUAGAUGCUGCUCACAUCACAGUCAUCAGUCUGAGCUUCAUUCUCUUGCUUCUUACAGCAGCGACAGCAUGGUGGUGUUACAAAUCGAAUAUUGUUUUUUGGUGUGUCCGACACCAUAAGGGCGACUUAGAGACAGAGAUGUGGGGGAACACCCACAGUGAGAUGGACCUACACAGUGAAGAUGGAGCAGAACCAGAACAUGAUGAAGAACUGAGCAUUAAAUACUCCGGUGACAUCCAGCUGUGUGUGAAUCCAUGCAUUUAAAUCCUCAGAGUAGUUGAUGUUUCUGGAUCCUGUUUUACAUUCUUUUAUAGGCCUGAUAUGUUGCAUGAAACACUCCAGACUGAAUCCAUCUGUAAAUUACAGACCAACGAGGAAGAAGCAGCUCUGAGACUGGAGAGAGGCAGAUGAUGUACCGCUCGUGGCUUAUGUUGAGUUUCAAGCUCAGUUACCAUUAGUUAGCUUCUGUCCUGUUAUAUGACCCAAGCUGUUUAUCAUAUGAAGUAAACCAUCCACAGUUAGUCUUCUCUUUGCCAACGAUAUAAUAUUCUUGAUGCUUUCAAAUGAUGUUGUGUGAUUCAAGAAGCAGCUAUGUUUUUAUUGCUCUUUCCAAGUACAAAAUUUGGCUUGAGAAAAUAAAAAUUAUUAAAUAUA